AUUACUCCCAACAGCAGCAUUUCACCGCUUCAUUUUCUUCUUUCUGCUUGCGCUGGGUCUAUACGUGAGGGGCCUUGGGUUCGGAUCAUUUGGGUGGUUCUGUCGUCGGCUGAUGCGAGAGCUGGGCACUUCGCCUCGCUCAACGUCGCGCCGCAGGCUCGAGAAUAUUGCCAAAGGUGGAGGACAAUGAUCCGAUAGGAGACGGCUCCAUGGGUGUCAUCAGGAAAAAGAAUGCGGCGCGCGGCACAGAUGGUGGUACCAAGUACCAUUGCGACGUCUGUUCCGUCGACGUCACCAACACGGUGCGCAUUUCAUGCGCACAUAGCGUUUGCCAUGAAUAUGAUCUUUGCGUUCCCUGCUUCGCUGCCGGCCAGCACUCGAAGAACCACGACCCACGGACGCAUCCGUAUUCGGUGAUCGAGCAGAAUUCAGUCCCCAUAUAUGACCCUGACUGGGGCGCCGACGAAGAGCUAUUACUUCUAGAAGGUGCAGAAAUCUACGGUCUAGGAUCAUGGGCCGACAUUGCAGAUCAUAUUGGAGGUUACCGUACAAAGGAGGAAGUCCGCGACCAUUACAUUCAAACGUACAUAAACAGCCCCAACUUCCCACUUCCAGAGCUUGCCGAUCCCAGAGAUAAGACUUUACAGGAACAGAUACCUAAAGAGGAAUUCCAAGCUCGCAAAAAGCGACGUAUCGAGGAAAGAAAAGAGGCCGCCAAGACAGCGCCACCCGCAACUCCCAAACAGAAACCCACUGCUUCGGUACCUGCUUGCCAUGAAGUCCAAGGAUAUAUGCCUGGAAGACUGGAGUUUGAGACCGAAUUUGCCAACGAUGCCGAAGAAGCCGUCCAGCAUAUGCAAUUCGAGCCUGGAAACGGCCUGAAUGCUAAUGGCGAAUUGGACGCGGAAAUGGAACUCAAGAUGACUGUGAAGGAUAUCUAUAAUUCUCGUCUGACUGCCAGAACUGAACGCAAGAAAAUUCUCUUUGAACACAACCUCUUGGAUUAUCGGAAAAAUACCGCGCUGGAUAAGAAACGGACUAAAGAGGAACGAGAUCUCUUGAAUAAAGCAAAGCCAUUCGCGAGAAUGAUAAAUCAUGAGGACUUCGAGGAAUUUACCAAAGGUCUAGAGUAUGAGCAUAAUCUUCGAAUAGCGAUCGCGCAACUCCAAGAAUGGAGAACAAUGGGAAUUGGAGACCUAAAGAGCGGCGAAAAAUACGAACAAGAGAAGGCCCAGAGGGCCCAAAGGGCUGUGCCACAGGGAGCAUUUGACCGAUUUGCCAGUGCGCGACCUAAACCACAGCAGCCCGAAGGUCCUUCCGCCGCCGCUCAGUUAACCAUGCCCGAGCUUCCCCUACGACUACAAAGGAAGUUAGCUCCGGUCGAUCCCCCUCCCGUUCUAAAUGAUUUUGAUAAAGCAUUUGCCAGCGGCAAUCUUAAUGGAACGAUGACACCCCAACCAGCGAAAUCGAAAUUUGUCGUACCUCCGAUUAAUGGCCUUGCUCCAUGGAAGCUGGAGAACGACAAGGCGCCAGAUAUCCAUCUCUUAACAAAGGAGGAAGUGGAAUUAUGUAACAUACUGCACCUACAACCGAAACCAUAUCUUGUUAUCAAAGAGCAUUUGCUCAAAGAAGCAAUGAAGCAAGGAGGAAGUUUGAAGAAAAAGGAUGCCAGGAACAUGUGCAAGAUUGAUGUCGCAAAAUCCAGCCGAAUUUUCGAUUUCAUGGUCCACAGUGGUUGGAUCUCAAAGGCGUAAUGGUCUAGGAUCCUUGGAGAUUCACUUACCGCGAGGUAUUCAGCUUGUCAACCAAAUUUAUAUAAUGACAGAAAUAUGAUAAUGAAGGCUCUGUUGUGCUGGUUUGCUCUGAGUUUGCAGUUUCCUACGUUAUACAGGUCAGCUUUCUUGAGUUUUUUCCCUUCUCUCCGUCCGAGUGGAGUCUCGCUUUAGGAAGGGUUAGUACGUGGCGAAGGUGGCGUUAAUCGAAGCUUCAUUAAUAGAAAGAGGGCUAGUCGUAUUGCCUUUUGUCGGUGUCUUCGCAUAUUUGGAUUCCGUGUGAUGCCUCAUGAUGCGGUGUCCUACUUUGUUAUUACUA